UUUGCUUUUAUUUUUGUUUUCGCGUUUCACGCAGAUGCGUAUGAUCCGGUGGAUCCGCUGGGGAACAUCACCAUCAAUUGGGAUUUUACGAGCAUGGACACUAGUCAGUACACGGUCAUGGUGAGCAUCCACAAUUACCAGCUGUACCGCCAUAUCGAGCGCCCGGGAUGGCGGCUGGGCUGGGCGUGGUCCGGCCACGAGAUCAUCUGGGACGUGAGGGGCGCCGAGACGACGGAGCUGGGCAACUGCUCCGGCGUCCACUUCGACCCCGGCCACCCUCCGCACUGCUGCGACAAGCGGCCCGUCGUGGUGGACCUGCCGCCGGGCGCGCCGUACAACAUUCAGGUGGCCAACUGUUGCCGAGGCGGCGUGCUGUCGUCCCUCUCGCAGAACAACAGCACGGCCACCGCCGCGUUUCAGAUGUCCGUCGGCGGUUUCGACCGCGACGGCGGAAACCCGAACGGCGACCCCGUGAAGCCGGCCAACUUCAGCAUCGGCGUGCCGGGCUACACCUGCAGCAACGCCACCCAGGUGCCCGCGACGAGGUCCAAGGUCGACGAGCAGCGGCACGUCCAAGUCAUGCUGACAUGGCAGAUCAUCUGCUCGUACUCGCAGUUCAGAGACGGGCCGUCGCCGUCUUGCUGCGUCUCCCUCUCGUCCUUCUACAACAGCACCAUUGUGGGGUGCCCGCAGUGCAGCUGCGGCUGCCCGCGCUCUCCAUCCGCGCCGCAAUGCUUCAGGCAACAGUCCAAGCUCCAGGCUCUGCCUGACGCGGAUGGCAAUCCGCCGACGCCGGUCAUCCGGUGCACGGAGCACAUGUGCCCGAUCCGGGUGCACUGGCACGUGAAGCAGAACUACCGGGAAUACUGGAGGGUGAAGGCGUCGAUCACCAACUACGACAUGGUCAGCAACUACAGCGACUGGAACCUUGUAGUGCGGCACCCCAACCUCGCCAACAUCACGCAGCUCUUCAGCUUCAACUACCAGCCUCUCAUCCAGUACGACACCAUCAAUGACACGGCCAUGUUCUGGGGGAUCGCCAACUACAACGAGAUGCUGCUGCGGGACGGGAACGUGCAGACGGAGAUGAUACUGAAGAAAGACCCGAGCGACUUCACCUUCUCGGGGGGCUGGGCGUUCCCGCGGAGGGUCUACUUCAACGGACACCAGUGCGCCAUGCCCUCGCCUGAUCAGUACCCUUCGCUGCCCAACGCCGCCUCCGACGUGCGCGUCUCAGCGCUGCAGCGAUGGCUCAUCACCGGCUCCUGUCUGCUCUUGCUAUCUAUGUUCCAUGUCAUGUGA